AUGGCAAUUCCGAGACUCAGGGUGAACGCCAGCUCGGAAGAGCGCCUCAUUCAUCCCAACCACAUGAUUUACCAUAAAAUGGAACAUUUGGUUCAAUUGAUGCUGGAUCCGGAGAAUGGGGUGCCGAUCAAGACGGUGAAGAGCUUUUUGUCGAAGGUUCCCUCGGUUUUCACUGGUCAAGAUCUAAUCGCGUGGAUUAUGAAAAAUCUGGAGAUGUCGGAUUUGUCGGAUGCACUCCACUUGGCACAUCUGGUGGCUUCGCAUGGUUACCUCUUCCAAAUCGACGACCACGUGUUGACGGUGAAGAAUGAUGGAACGUUUUAUCGGUUUCAGACGCCAUACUUUUGGCCGUCGAAUUGUUGGGAACCUGAGAACACCGACUACGCUGUGUAUCUUUGCAAACGCACAAUGCAAAACAAGGCGCAUCUCGAACUCGAAGAUUUUGAAGCCGAAAAUCUCGCGAAACUUCAAAAGAUGUUUUCCCGAAAAUGGGAGUUUGUUUUCAUGCAGGCUGAAGCGCAAUACAAGGUGGACAAGAAGCGAGAUCGACUCGAACGCCAGAUUCUUGACAGUCAGGAACGAGCAUUCUGGGAUGUCCAUCGGCCAGUGCCCGGUUGCGUCAACACCACCGAGGUCGAUUUCCGCAAAUUAUCCCGAUCGGGACGUCCGAAAUAUAGCAGUGGAGGGCAUGCGGCUCUGAAUGCCGCCGCGUCAUCAGGAGGUUUCUGUAGUCCGUAUUCAACCAGCGCCGCCGCAGCGCAUGCGAGUCUACCGUCGACGUCGAAUGAAAGCGCCACGCAACAGCAGCAGCAACAGCCGCAGCAGCCGUCUUCAUCCACCGCUCCGUCCACUCCUACACCAACUCCGGCGAAUGUUUUUCCAUCAUCAUCUGGCGCGUCUUCAAGCAGCGGAUCGUUCAGGAAUAACUAUUAUGCGCGACCGGGACUCAGGCGAUGUACGCAGGUUCAAGAUACAUUGAAACUAGAGAUUAAUCAGCUUAACAAUCGAUUAUCAAAAAAUGUUCUCAGGACGUCAAAAGUUGUAGAGAACUAUUUAUCCUACUAUGAACAACGAAAAGUUUUUGAUCCUUUCCUAACGCCGCCGGGAUCUUCAACUGAUCCAUUCCAGUCGCAGCCUAAUCCAUGGAUUAACGACACGGUUGAUUUCUGGCAGCAUGAUAAAUUAACGGGUGAAAUUCAAACGCGUCGGCUGAAGCUAUGGGAAGAGUGUUUCGAAGAGCUGCUCGCCGAUCCCCUCGGUCGCGAAACACUUCAGAAAUUUCUCGACAAAGAAUACUCUGGAGAGAACUUGCGAUUCUGGUGGGAAGUGCAACGACUCCGCAAGUGCAGCAGCCGAAUGGUGCCGGUAAUGGUAACGGAAAUCUAUAACGAGUUCAUCGACACGAAUGCGGCGACGUCGCCGGUCAACGUUGACUGCAAGGUUAUGGACAUCACCGAGGAGAACCUCAAAAAUCCGAAUCGUUGGAGUUUUGAUGAAGCAGCCGACCAUAUCUACUGUCUAAUGAAAAAUGAUAGUUAUCAAAGAUUUCUGCGCUCGGAUAUUUACAAAGAUCUUCUUGCACAAUCGCGGAAAAAGACGACGUUGACGUCGCUUAUCGCCCGAAAAGCGUCUCGCCGCAUCGGCUCGACAAUAUCUCGGAACAAAUCGACGACGGGCGCGAUUCAGCCGAGUCCAUCCAUCGGCGCUUCGCUUAAUAACAACUGCGCGCCGAGCAUGUCUCCGACAAACGCGACACCCAACCUACUGGCCCCACCGCCUUCCCACCUGUAUGUGAACCAGAAAGGUCCAAAAAGUUUUUUGACCGGUAAUCUCCCGUCGUUCUCGAAUGCGGUUCGAACAAAUUUGCACGUCGGACAACAGGGUUCAUCGUCGUCGCCGACAUCCUCAAAUAUGCCCAACAAUUAA